AUGAAUUCGCCAAACCUACAAGGACUUCGCAGCAUCGCCGCCGAUUCGCAAUUAACAGUCAAUAAUUAUCUUGAGAAUCCUUCGGACCGCGUAGCUAGGGUAAAAGCGCUCCGUGAUGCCAAAAACCUCGUUACCGAACUUCAGGAUGGAGACGAUGCUUUCUUUGCUCGCAUUGCGCAGGUCUAUGCAGCGCACGCGUUGCGCUUCACCAUGGCAAUCGGCGCAUUUGAAAAGAUUCCGAGGAAAGGAAGCAUUACGGCUGCGACGCUGGCUGCGGAAGUGGGGUCUGAAAAGACUUGGAUUAGUAUGUCUUUACGUGAACAGCUGUGGUGA